AAAACAUCUUCAACUCCCUACAAUGUCGCAUUCAUAUACGACUAGCAGUACAAUAGUCAUCAAACGUCAACCCAUAAGUUACAACAGCCAAAAAGUGAAUAUAAGCUCCAAAAAGUAGAACCGUCAUUUGGCCUACGUAAACAGAUCACGCGGUUAGCCCACUCGUACCCCACAGCUCUGAAGCCAGGAUAUGAGGGAUUCAAUAUUCUUCAAACAAACAGCUCGGCGGCCCCUUUUUUUGAAUAUUCGCUGUUCAAAAUGGCAUCGACCAAUAAAAUACCUAUAUGGCUAGACUGCGAUCCUGGUCAUGAUGAUGCCUUCGCCAUUUUACUAGCAGCUCAUCAUCCAGCCGUGGGGCUUUUGGGCCUAAGCACUGUCCAUGGCAAUGCUUCCUUAGACAAGACGACAGCAAACGCAGGGAGUGUCUUGACGGCUAUUGGGAAGCCAGACAUCCCGGUUUACAGAGGGGCAAGCAAGCCGCUGGUUCGGCCUGCCGUCCAUGCUGACGCUAUCCAUGGGGAAUCCGGGUUAGCUGGAACAGACCUUCUGCCAACUCCAGCAGGACCAGCCGAUCUGUCUAUUGAAGCAGUUGAUGCCAUGGCAAAAGCCAUUCUUGCAACACCUCCAAACACCUGCUGGCUUGUAGCAACAGGUACAUUAACGAAUGUUGCCGGGCUGGUUAUGAAGUACCCAGCUGUAGUUGGGCAUCUCAAGGGCCUUUCUAUCAUGGGAGGCGCUAUCGGUGGUGGGUUCACUGCUGCACCGAUGGGAAAGGUUGGUAGUACUGAACGAUACGGGAACUGGACUCCUUACGCAGAAUUUAAUAUAGUUGUGGACCCCGAGGCAGCAGUAACUAUCUUCGAUCUUCCUGAGUUGGCAGCUAAGACGACUCUUAUCCCUCUGGACGUCUCCCACCAGGUCCUCGCCAAUAAAGAAGUUAUUAAACUAUUACAUUAUGGAAAGAAAGAUACUCCAUCAAACGAUACGAAACCCUCGAUUCUCCGAACCAUGCUGGUCGAAUUACUUUGCUUCUUCGCCGAAACAUACGACAAAGUUUUCGGGUUGUCAGAAGGGCCACCCCUCCACGAUCCAAUUGCGGUAGCAGCAAUGUUUGAAGGCACCGAAUAUGCCAUACCAUUAUAUGACCAUGAGGAGGGACAGCAGGGUAGACGUGAGAGGUUUAAUGUUAAGGUUAUCACGGAGGGUACUCACGCGGAAGCUCUUGAUGGGAAGACGGAGACGGGCAGGACAAUUGCCACGCUUUUGCCACCGGGGCAGGAGGGUGUGAAGAUACCGAGGAGCCUCGAUGUGCAGAACUUUUGGAAAGUUAUUGAGGAUUGUCUGGAGAAGGCAGAUGCGAUAAAUGCUCCGGCCAAGAAUUGAAGUGGGGAUAAAUAGUUCAGAAAAACUCA